AUGGAUCGAUCAAAAGGGGUCAGUAGUGGCAGCAGCAGCAACAUUGGAGACAGAAAUGCAGCCUUCUCUGCGUAUGGCAGACCAGAUCAUGAAAAGGAUGGCGUUGCGGCGGGCGAUGAUUCCACUGAAAUAAGCAUUUUUGAGGCCCAGAAGUACUUCAACGAGACCAUCAUUGAUGCCCAAAAGGUGACCAACAACACGAAGAACAAUAAUCCUGCUACUGCUAUCAAUUACAGAGCAGUUUCAUCUCAUUUGGGCAACAAUGUCACCGUCGACAACAUGGAGCAGCCCCCCAGAUUCUCGUGGGCUUCCUCAUCCGUUCAUGAUGAGUACUCCAGUAUUAACAUGGCACGGAAUAACUACAGAGCCCGGUCUUUCCAUGCUGCUGCUACGCCGACGGCUUCAUCUGAAGCCAGUUGGAACAGCCAGACUGGUUUGUUAUCCCAUCCUGCUGGUACAGUUGCAGUUUCAUUGCGGAGUCCUACGCAACACCAUGAUCAGAAGAAAAGUAGAGGAAUGGCGCCAUCGCCGUCGUCUUCUUCGUCUUCUCCGAGGGUGAGGUGGUUUAGUUUUCCGAGAAGAUGUCCAUGCUCAAGCAAGAAAUCAGUUCGAGUUGAAGAUAAAAUGUCCUCAUCACAGCAACCGGCUAAGACAACCUCACCAUCACAUUUCCCAGCAGCAGCCCCCAGAAGUAUUUCCUUGGAUCUCAGAAAUCAAACACCUAUGUCGAAAUCGGUGAUGGCAGCGCGUGAAGACCAGCAUGUGAUGUGGGGCGAAGAACGUCGUCGUCGUUGGGAGGAGCAGCUGACAAUUAAGUUACCCUCAGCUGGAAACCCUCAUAAUCGUUUAUGCAGGCCACUUCCUGCUGCUGGGGAGUUGCAACCUCAACAUACCAACGCCUUUAGUUUUCCCAUAUUGAAACUGAACGGGAGGGGCACAUCGUGGUCCUCAUCGUCCCCAGUGUUGAAGUUGCAGCAGCCUGCAACUUUAAAACAAGAACCAGCUCUGGUAAGAGAAGGUGCGGAACCCUUGACUACUAGUGUUGAAGAACAAUCAUCCACAACUAUUUCAAUCCGCAAGCCUACUAUUACUGAUCACUCAAGUACUACUGGUCUCACAUUCCCUGGAAGUCCUCCCAAAUCCAGAGUGAUUAUGAACAAUGACGACGAUUUGGGAAGCGACGCAAGUUCUGACUUAUUUGAGAUUGAAAGCUUCUCUGCUAGUACUCAAACAACAGCUACUGCCAACAACUACACAUCAGCGUUGUACCACCAGUACAACAACUACCGCAGGGACUCAAUGGAAGAUGAUGCUCCCAGUUUUAAUGCUAUUAGAGGUUUGUAUCGCCGGAGAAGCAGCUUAGAUAUCGAGCCAAUGACGCCUUCAUCAGCCGAUCAGUACUGCUACGAGCCUAGUGAAGCAAGCAUAGACUGGAGUGUGACCACCGCAGAGGGGUUGGACCGGCCCAGCACAUCGUCGGAAGCAGAUUACCAUCACGAUGAGCUGGAAAAGACUAGCAGAUCACGACGGUCGUCGUCAGCAGGGGGGAGUUAUGGGUUGUUGAGCUGUCGAUGGGAGAAGGCGGUGAGCGUGGGGCCUAACCCAGUGAGACUAGUGAGUAGUGGUGGCGCUGCUGUGGCUGUUGGUGAUGAGGUGAUGAAGCAUGUGGGGAGUAGGCCACCCUUACCCAAUAAACCACGCAGCUCUCAUUUGUCUAAUCCUCAUGCAACAUCAUUCUAUGCAUAGAUGCAACAGAUGCAGCAGCCUCCUGUUCCCAUCUCUCGUCUUAUUCUCCCAUGCUUUGCUUUCCUUUCCCUUUGGAUAAAGCGUGUGAUAUGUUUUCUUUCAUUCAAAUUGAAAUUGUGUGUCCACUUGCAUCGAUGAUUGAAACGUCGAAUAGUUCUUUGAUUUUAUUCCUUAUAUUUCACCCUUCUACAAUCCCAUCCACAUGCUGCUUAGCUCGUAUCUUGUCAUUCUUGUGUCCCAAGGC